AUGGUGAACGCAUCCAUGGUGCCCUUCUGCUUGUCGGCGUUACUCAAUGUCCUGUUUUUCGGCUGCAAUGGUUGGGACAUCAUAGGACAUCUUUGCCUGGGACGUCCUGCCAACCAGAAUCCGCCGGUGCUUAGCAUCACCAUUUACUUCUCGAUCAGGGGAUUGAUGCUAUUCCUGAAACGAAAGGAAAUCGUUGAGUUUGUGAACGACUUGGAUCGGGAGUGCCCGCGUGACUUGGUCAGCCAGUUGGGCAUGCAAAUGGAUGAGACGUACCGAAACUUUUGGCAGCGCUAUCGUUUUAUCCGUAUCUACUCCCAUGUGGGUGGUCCGAUGUUCUGCGUAGUGCCAUUAGCCCUAUUCCUCCUGACCCACGAGGGUAAAGAUACUCCUGUCGCUCAGCACGAACAGCUCCUUGGAGGAUGGCUGCCAUUCGGUGUGCGAAAAGACCCAAAUUUCUACCUUUUAGUCUGGUUCAUCGACCUGAUGUGCACCACUUGCGGCGUCUCCUUUUUCAUCACCUUCGACAACCUGUUCAAUGUGAUGCAGGGACAUUUGGUCAUGCAUUUGGGCCAUCUUGCUCGCCAGUUUUCGUCCAUCGAUCCUCGCCAGAGUUUGACCGAUGAGAAGCGAUUCUUUGCGGAUCUUAGGUUAUUAGUUCAGAGGCAGCAGCUUCUUAAUGGUUUGUGCAGAAAAUACAACGACAUAUUUAAAGUGGCCUUCCUGGUGAGCAACUUUGUAGGCGCCGGUUCCCUCUGCUUCUACCUCUUUAUGCUCUCGGAGACAUCAGAUGUCCUUAUCAUUGCCCAGUACAUAUUACCCACUUUGGUCCUGGUGGGCUUCACAUUUGAGAUUUGUCUACGGGGAACCCAACUGGAGGCGGCGUCGGAGGGGCUGGAAUCGUCGUUGCGAAGCCAGGAAUGGUAUUUGGGAAGCAGGCGGUACAGGAAGUUCUAUUUGCUCUGGACACAAUAUUGCCAGCGAACACAGAAACUGGGCGCCUUUGGGCUAAUCCAAGUCAAUAUGGUGCACUUCACCGAAAUAAUGCAGCUGGCUUAUAGACUCUUCACUUUCCUUAAAUCUCACUAA